AUGCAAUUCCAGGUCGAAGAGGCUCCAAAAGGUGAACGCAACUUACCCACUGACUGGGGUUUGAAGACGAAGAUCCGUUUCCUAUCGAAAACGCCGUUUCCGUGGACGAGUCGUCUGAAGACGCUGGAGGAGGCGUCGGCGGUGACCAGCUGCGUACGCUGCCUGCCGGCCGACCAGAGCACGCUCGACACGUCUCCAAACGCGCAGCUGCAGCGGCACGCGCUCUACUGGCAGCACCCGUGGCUGCCGUGGCUGACGCUGUUUCCGCGCCUGCACAGCCGGGUGGCCGGCGCGCGCAGCCUCUUCAUCGACGCGCCCAUGCAGGACCUGCUCAGGACAGAAUGGGGCGAGAGUCUGCGCUCGCUGUUCCAGCUGCUGCGCAGCCGUCAGUGCCCGUUCUUCUACGUGUGCGCGGCCAGCUUCUGCUGCCUGUUCCGGGCGGCCGGCGUGGGCGGCGUGACUGACACGCACGCUAUCGUCACGCCCACCACCCGCGGCCUGCGCGACCUCCUCAAACGCGACGACGUGCAGUUCACGCUGCCGCUGCGGCCUGCCGCCGCGCCGGCCCAGUCCGCCGCCCAGGAGGACGGCUCCGAGGACGAGGACGAGGACCCCGAACACUGGCUGGAGAGCAAAGGCAUAGCGGCUGACGCCAUGCCAGGCAUGCACUCCACCCGCCGCAAGCUUCAGGAGGAGACCCGGCGCGGCCUCGACGGCCAGCCGGCCUCCACCGUGCUGGUGCAGGGCGGCGACGUGUACGCCCUGCUCAACUUCCUGCUCAACUCGCGCGCCUGCGUCACGGCCAGCGGCCCGCUGGCGGGCGUGCCGCCCACGCUGCUGGCGCCCGUCGGCUUCCAGGGCGCCUCCCUGCAGCCGCUCAAGGUGCGGCACGGCACGGUGCAGCAGGCCCGCGAGACGUUCCACUCGUUCGAGCUGGCCGGCCCCGUCAUGCCGCACGCCGUGCAGGCGUUGGUGGCGCUCGUGCGCCGCUCGCACGCCCACUUCUCGCUGUCGCUGAGCGGCGUGCGGGCCGUAUUCGGCCAGCAGGGCCUGACCGACUGCGGUCUGGACGGCCCGCUUGUGGCCACGCUCUGCGAGCCGGCGCCGGCCGCCGCCGCCGCCGUCCUCCGCGAGGUCACCUGCACCGACGGACUCUUCACGUGGUGA